AGCGGACGAUAGCGCGGGCGCGGAGGGCCAGCACCAGCCGGCCGGUGGACGUCUUUGUACAGUCUCGUCUUGCAUCCAGGAGGCUGCACCGUAGCUGGGCCACUAGCGCAACUUACGUCCUACCAAUAUGUUUAUUGGCGUAACAUCUGUUGGAGGCAACGUGAAUUCGCACUACGAUUAUUUGAUUUGAACUACUUUUGAGAACCUUGAAUAUUUUGAAAAAUAAAAUAAAAUGGCUCUGGACUUCAUAGCGGGAUGUAUUGGAGGUUGUGCCGGAAUAAUCGCUGGUCAUCCAUUAGAUACUUUGAAGGUUCACGUUCAAUCAGGCAGAGGUAGUGCGUUGGAAUGUACUAAAGCUCUAUUAAAAGGAGGAACAUUGUCAACUGCAUAUCGAGGGAUAGGUGCACCUUUGGGAGGAAUAGCAGCGAUAAAUGCAGUAGUGUUUGGGGCGUAUGGAAACACACGAAGAGCACUUUCUGACCCAGAUGCGCUAGCAACCCAUGCAAUAGCGGGUGGAGCGGCGGGCAUGCUUCAAAGUUUUGCGUGCGCACCGGUCGAGCUCGUCAAAACCAGGCAGCAACUCGCUAGAGCGACAGAAGUCAUGCCUUCUGGAGCGUGGGCAGCAGCUCGACAUAUUCUGCGGAAUGGAGGAUACCGAGCUCUGUUUCGAGGGUUGGGGAUCACAAUGGCUCGCGACACCCCAGCAUUUGCGAUCUAUUUCGUGUCGUACGAGGCAAUGACACGCGGAGAUCUAUCUGUUCUGAAAGUGUUCGUUGCUGGCGGUGUGGCUGGAACGCUAUCGUGGAUUCUGUUGUACCCUGUAGAUGUUGUCAAAUCGAGACUACAGGGUGAUGCGAUAGGCAGGUACGCAGGUGCAUGGGAUUGCUUCGUGAAAUCAGUUCACAGAGACGGGUGGCGUUGUAUGAGCAGGGGCAUAGGUGCAGUGACGUUACGUGCGUUUAUCAGUAACGGGGCAUGUUUCACUGCCGUGGCGUGGACGGAGCGCGCCUGGCAACGCAUAUUAUCAUCAGACACUGCAUCAUCUCCAUUAGUUAAGGCAACAAUUAGCGAGGCAGUGAGAUGUGAUCAUUCUGAAUAUAAUUACGACAUUUAAACCAUUUCUGAGAUUGUUUAUAGGUCUGUUUGUUUUAAAAAUGGUAAAGCAAAAGUAAAUUAUAGAUGAAUGCUUACUUACUUAUUACAUUUCAGUGAUAGAUUAGAUGGUAGAAUAUAAAUUACAUAAUGAUGAUUGUAAAUCUAUCUACUAUAAUAGUAGGAAUAUAGUAUACCUAAAAGUUAGGAACCUAAUAUGUCCUGUACAAUUUAUAUGUUAUAUUGGUAAGGACAAGACAAACAACAAUAAAGUGUAUAUACCUUUUUUA